UUCCUCGGAUUUUGAGUUAAGCAAAUCCGUGGCUAUUUCACGGAUUCCUGUGAGACCAUGUUGAAACAAAGAUGGUGAAUAGCCUAGACUAAGAUGGUGAACAUGGCAAACAUUACACCCUCUAAACAGCAUGCUAACAUUAGCAUUUGGCUCAAAGCCCCACGUGCAUAUGUACUGUGAAUAUGUAGUCUUGUUUACAAUGGAAAGGAUGCUUUUUGACAGCUUAUCUGAAUUGUCAGAUGUCAUAGCGUCCUUAAAUGCCCCUUGUUCGAGGAGAGCUUGCAAAGCAAUACCUGCUCAACUCUGACAAAAGAUACCAGCAGAGCAAUCGUUUACUGUGAUGGAUUACUUAUCUCAAGGAAGUUUCCGUUGAUUUUCAUUGUGCAGCAAAAUGGAUGGAAACAAAUAGCUGCCCGAAAGGUAAGAAAUCAAUCUCAAAACUUAAAAAACCUGCUCAAACAUUUUCUUUUGUUCAUAGUCAGCAGUGACAUAGCACAGGUGAUUUGUAAUGUUCUGCAUGGCCUAAAACAAAUAAAAUGACUGGUAUGGUCUUUUAGUUGAGAUCUUUGUUAGGUAAAUGAACAAGCAGUACAUACCAUUGUUUCUUUUUUUCUAAUUGGCAGUGUAACAGAAGUUUCAGAUGACCUGUGUGGCAGUGGGAACUACACAGCAGAGAUGAGUCUGAACCUGGGGAGAGGUGUGGAGCCGGGUGAUGCUGUACCUGCCCUGGGGAACCUCAGAGUGGUUAUUAACCUGAAGACGAACAACAGUCGGAUUAACCUCGGUGUCACCUCCUGCUGCUUGUCCCCAACCACCCAGCCUGACCUCAGCAACUCCACCUGCUGCCUCUUCUCCAGGUUAGCAGCAGAGCCAGCGGGGAUCACGCUGCUGCCCAGUGCCAUGUCAUCCAGUGCCAGCUUCACCAUCAGUCUCUUCCAAAUGAUUAAUUACUCAGUAGUGUACCUACACUGUGAUCUCAGUGUCUGCCUGAGGAACCGCUCUGACUGCGAAAGGCAGUGCCUGCAGCAGAGGAGUGCAUUUCCCUUAGAGGGUCCAGAGGCUGUUGUUACCAAUCUCAGGAAUCGCAUAUCCUUCGGUCCCAUGUUGAAAGAAGUGAAGAAUUCUACCUUCCCAGAUGAGAUAGACCCUUCAGAGCUGGACCUGGUUCUGGUCAUCGUCAGUCUGGCCGUGGGCUCCUGUCUCGUCACAGUGAUGCUGCUGCUGGUGUGGCUGGCCUACCGUCGACGGGCAAUCUGGCUCCUCCACUCUGCAGCUCCACCGCGGGCCUGCUGUGGCUGUCUGCACCCAGGAGGUGACUUGAUCCUACCGUGACCAAGGAGCAACCACUGCCAAUUACACUGAUCACAUCCUCACCAAAAUAGCUGCCGACAAUUACAUUAGUCAACAGACAGUGGAGCAGUCAAUCAUAUUAACGGUAGAGCAGAGGCGGCCAGUCGUAUCAGCCGGUACAGGCCAGACUAGACGAUGAGGAGCAAUCCAAUUCACACCUCCUCUCAUAGGUGACACAGCUGUUGCAGUCAAAUUUCACACUUAACCACAAGCAGUCUAUUAUCAUUCACUGAGAAUAAACACCAUCCCCAAAUAGAAAAAGCUGCUCUGAUCCCUUUAUUUUCCCUCAGUGGCAACAGAUCAAUACUCUUUGUAUCUCAGUUUGAGAUUGAUAGCUCGUUAAUACUGGUUUAAUAUAAUGUAUGCAUUCAUGGCUUGACAGUUAUAUUGAGCCACUUUGAUCGACUGUUUAGGGAAAUGUCUUUUAUUCAGUUAGUGAAAAUUCAAGCUCAUUUAUUAUUGCCAGAAAACAUACAAGACCUCUCUGAAAUGUUGGUUUUCUUUUUAAAUGUCAAAUCAAAAUGACAUGUCAUAUUGUAACAUGAUGUGGCAAAUUGGGUAAAAAUGUCUAAUCAUUAAUCAUUAGCUACUAUUUAAUAUUUGAAUGAAUAUAUAUGGUGGUUCUUCUACAGAGAGACACAUUCAUUUUAUUGGUUUUUUCAUCCCUCAGGAGGAAUUCUUGAUCAUCAUUAACUUUGACUUUAAUUCAUGCUCUGUAUCUCUGACUUGGAUCUUUAAUGAUUACAAUUAAAUAUAUUAUAA